UCCACCCUCUCCCACUGAAAUCGGGACCCACCAAUCCUCGGGCCCACAUGUCAUUGAUGGUUCUUGUGGGUACGGAGAAUCGCUGGGUUGGUGGAGCUAGCCUUACUCGGAAUUAGCGUAAAUUGACUUUACUCUUUAUUAGUUUAUCAGAUACUACAUUUUUAUACGAGAGAGAAGCAAAAACAGAGAAAAGAAAGCAGAAAAUAAUAAUCAGAAAAUAGAAGAAGAAACCCAGAUCUCUCCACAGUUUCAACGCCUCAAAUCUCUCAUCCCCAAUCCAUACUAGGGUGCACGCCUCUCCCUCCUCUCGAAGAUUUCUCCACCUCCUCUUUGGUUCCGUUCCUCCGAUUUUUUGUUCGGAGAGAGGAGGACAGGUUUCUGCUCUUGCUUCUGUUGAUCCAACCGAAUCUGGGCCAAGAGGAGGGAGAAGCUUUGUGUGCGGCGGAAGCCACCAAUGCGCGGAUCUCCGGGGAUGAUCACCUGAUGUAGUUGCAGUCGGAUUCUUUUUUUGGUUUUGUUUUUUUUUUCCUGGGCAAGAUUGUGUUCUUGGUGCGGUAGAUUGGGUGUGGGCUUCUCCAUUUGUGGUUGGAUUGGAUUAGGCAUUGGAACCCUUGUCUGCCAAUUUUAGCGCAUCCAUUUUUUGUUCCGUUUUUGACGAGGAAUUUCUCGUCGUCGUGUUGGGUGGUUGUUGGUUGAUCCAAUCUUUGAUGCGCGAAGAAGCAGGAUGAACACGAAUUAUACGUCCCUCCCAUUGACGUCCAUCGAGCUGCAGCCCGGCCAGCUCAAAUCCGAGGUCGCCAAUGGCGGCGGAUACAACGGCCGCGCCAAGAUCUCGAAGCAAGAUUCGUUCCUGGGCGAGGGGGAAGACGGCGGCGGCGGCGGCGGUGGCGAGCACGACGAGCUGCCGCUCAUCGGCGACGGCCCCGCGGGACCGCCCGAGGGCUCCGGCGUGCCGGCCGCGGUGUUCAACCUCGCCACCUCCAUCAUCGGGGCCGGCAUUAUGGCCCUCCCGGCCACCAUGAAGGUUCUCGGCGUCGCCGUCGGGCUCGUCUCCAUCCUGGUCAUGGGGGUCCUGUCCGAGGUCACCAUCGAGCUGCUCGUGAGGUUCGCCGUGUACUGCCGCGCGCUGUCCUACGGCGAGGUCGUGCACAGGGCGCUUGGCCGUCCGGCGAGCGUUGCGGCACAGAUGUGCGUCAUCAUCAACAAUGCCGGUGUCCUCAUCGUGUACCUCAUCAUCAUCGGAGACGUGAUGUCAGGAUCGCUGAAGCACAUCGGCGUUUUGGAUCAGCUGAUCGGGCAUGGCGAGUGGGACAAUCGAAGGCUGCUGAUCUUGGUGGUUCUUGUGAUCUUCCUCGCCCCAUUGUGCGCGCUCGAGAAGAUCGAUUCGCUGAGCCUGUCGUCUGCUGCAUCGGUCGCCCUCGCCGUUGUGUUUGUGGUUGUGUCAUGCGCCAUUGCAUUGGUGAAGGUCAUCGAGGGCAAAAUCAGCAUGCCGAGGAUGGGGCCGGAUUUCAGCUCGAGUGCAGCAAUUCUGGACUUGCUCGUCGUGAUUCCGAUCAUGACGAACGCCUACAUCUGCCACUUCAAUGUUCAGCCGAUCUACAAUGAGCUCAAGGUGAAGACACCUCACAACAUGUACAAGAUUGGAAGGAUCACCACCGUUCUAUGUGUCGUGGUAUAUGCGCUGACCGCGGUAUCGGGGUACCUCUUGUUCGGAGAAGACACAGAGUCUGAUGUGCUCACCAACUUCGACAAGGAUCUCGGGAUCAGAUUCAGCUCAAUCCUCAACUUCAUCGUCAGAAUUGGGUACAUCAUCCAUCUGGUUCUUGUCUUCCCUGUGGUCCACUUCUCGCUUCGGCAGACGGUGGACUCGUUGAUCUUUGGCGAGUUGGCACCCCAUAGCAGGAAGAGGAUGCUCACCUUGACUGUGGUGCUCCUGGCACUCAUCUAUCUGGGCUCAACGAUGAUACCAAACAUCUGGGUGGCCUUCAAGUUCACCGGUGCGACGACCGGGUUGGCAUUAGGGUUCAUUUUCCCGGCACUUGUCGCGUUGAGAUUGGACAAGGAAGGGAAGUCCUUGGGGAAGGGAAUGAGGGUCCUGUCACUUGUGAUGCUGGGUUUGGCAGUAGUUGUUAGCAUUAUUGGUGUGAUCGGAAAUGUAUACAGCCUGAAGAGCAAGUCUGAGUGAUCUAUCAAGAUGAACAAUUUAGUAGGAUUAGUGUGUUGCAAUGACAGUCAAAUACAAGAUUGUAUUAGCAUGGUUAGGAAACACAAGACAGCAGGGUCACUAUAGCAAAAGCUCAGAUACAUUUUCUUUUAUCUUCAAAGGUGCAUGAGCAAUUCUUGAAGGAGUAUUUUUGUAGUUUGGACCAGAUUCUUUGAUGUAUUUGUACUUAUUCUUACGGUGGAUCCUGGGGCAUUUAUUGGUAAAGGCAGUAUAAGAUGGUACAAGAUGCUGAUUCAGUUCGACAUGAAAAGGAAAAUGUAUGGCAUUUUUAGGCAUUCAUAAUGAAUGUGCUGGACAGCUGGAGUAUAGUAGCUCAUUUUUCACCGUUGAAACUGUUGGCCAGAAAAAAAAAAACUUGUUUAAUUUGCAGUCAUUUGAAUGUAAACAGAAUUCUUUAUCCCCAUAACUGAAUAUAAAUACUGAUAUGCACAUAUUCUUUUUC